AUGGCUGGUGCUGCAAAGUUCAGUUUUUCCGUGAGGAGCAUCCUGGAUUUGCCUGAAAAUGACGCAGAGACAGUGCAGCCCUCCCCCGGUAACUCCUGCUCCAGCUCCCCUUACUCCUCCUGGAUGGACAGCGACCGGACCCCUUGUCUCUCUUCAGAUGAGAGCAGCCUGGAGACUGCCCCACACUCUACCAAGUCAGAUGAGUCUUCUCUGGACUCAGAGGCCGAGAAGAAGAAGAAGUGCCGCGUGCUCUUCUCCAAGGCCCAGACCUUUGAGCUCGAGAGGCGUUUCCGUCAGCAGCGCUAUCUGUCAGCACCAGAGCGCGAGCAGAUUGCCCAUCUCCUCCGCCUGACGCCGACGCAGAUUAAGAUCUGGUUCCAGAACCACCGGUACAAAAUGAAGAGGUCACGAGCGGAGGGAGAGUCACAAGACAUAAACCAACCGCCUAUGUUGCGCAGAGUAGUGGUACCCAUCCUAGUUCGGGAUGGCAAGCCGUAUCAGACCUGUUUCAUUGACACGGAGAAAGGAGGCUGUCUUGGACCGAACACAUGCCCGGGUACACCCUUCAGUUUUGGGUACCAGUCUUUCCAGCAUCCGUCGCCGUUCGCUCUACCUCAACAAUACCAGCACUUUGCCAGCCCGGCAGCAUCCAGACACACCUUUGCUUGGAGAGACUUUCUGAAUGACUCAGCUCAAUUCAGUGCUUUUAAAUGA